UGCCCACCACCCACGUUUUGCAUUGUGGAUGCAAGCAACAGUGCUCUGAAGUUUGAAUCAUCACAGUUAAAAAAAAAAAUGGAUCGAGCUGCAGAUGACAGUGAUUUGACAAAUCUAAACUGGGUGUCAGGAGCAGAAGCACCCAUGAACUAUUCCCUAUCUCCACCAUCCUCAUCAAGAGACAACUAUCUUCUUCAAAAGCAGAAUCAGAUCGCCAUUGAAUGCAAGAAAAGGGGACUCUGCCCCUAUGUAGACAGUUAUGGAAACAAGAGACCUACAUGCUCCUACUCUUGUCUGACUGCAUUGGCACUUAAAGCUGCUACGAUCACAGAUAGUGGCGCUUGUUUGCCAGUUCAGGAGAUUUACAGCUGCAUCGAAGAACUAUUUCCAUUCUACAAGAAUGUAGAGGGGUGGAAGAAUUCUGUACGACACAACCUCUCUCUAAACCCAUGUUUCAGAAAAAUGCUUCACGAAGAAGGUUGGGAAGGAAAGAAAGGGUACUUUUGGGAGAUAAAUCCUGAACAUUUAGAAAAGGUUAACAAAGAACUAUUUCGAUACUUGAAUGCUGAGCGGUUUUCACUGGAUGAAAUGAGAGCCAUACUUUUGAGGAAAUGGACAAAACCAUCACCGCAGUUGGCAAAAAUACACAAACGCAAACAAGUGGCCACUCCAUCAAGAGAGAAACCAGCUGAGGUACUCCGAGACCCAUCCGAAGUUGCAAUUUAUUCUCCAGAAAUGCGGAAACAACUGAUCAAAAUGUGCAGAAUUCUUAUCAAAGCAAAGACAGACCAAACAAACAAAGUUUUUGAUACGAGCAACAAACCAUCUGAAUUUGCUGGCAUUCACACCCCCCAAACUGAUGAUAUUGGUGCUGCCAAGGAGCUCUUCAACAGUGGUUCCACUUCCGAAACAAACUCUCCAUGUCCACUUUAUAAGACCACAAAUCAUGGAGAAAUAAUCCCGUUCUCAACAACCCCAAUCUACAGUAUCUAUGGAUACCCUACAGUUGGUUACGGAUAUGGAACACCUAGUCCUAUCAAUGGAGUGAGUCCGGUAUCACCAGGAGGAGCAACACCAUGCAUGACCCCUCCCUUCAUGCCGCUGGUCCCAGUAGCCAUGUUCCCACCAUAUGUUAUGGAUGUCAAUGGCCAACCAAAUGCAAUGUUUGCCUGUCAAAAAUGCGGGCAUCAAAACAGUCCAAUGAUAUCACCAGGCUCCACAUGUGACACUGAAGAUCCAUUGGAGAAUUCUAUUGGCGACUGUAGCUGCAAGGGCACAAAGAGAAAAAAGACAACAACAGCAAAAAAAACAGCUAACAAGAAACCGAAAACCACAAAGUGCACCAGGAAAUUAAAAUUCAAUGAAGAAUCUUCCAAUGUGUCAUCAUCUAGGCCACCCAAAAAGAAAGGCCGACCUCCAAAGAAAGCUGCAACUAAAGUUGUGGUGCAAAAUGAAGACUCUUAUGUUGAGGUAGAGAGUGACAACGAAGAUUCCAUUGAUCAUUUUUCUUCUCUGUCAAGCACAAGCAAAACGACUGGCUUCUAUGAUAGAGAUUUCCAAGGACUGAGCGAAGAAAUCCAAGAAGCUGAGGGACUGGUCGGAAACACAUCGGACAUGAGCCUAAACGAUGCAAUGAGGGCUCGAUCCUACAGCAAACCAGCUUUCAGAUCUCAAGCUAUCCGUCGAAAACCAUUCAAGGCCGUUUCUGUACUUGAUUGCGUCUCACCUCAAGAGAGCUCUGCCGAUGAAAGCGAACACAAAGCCAAUGGUGGCAGGAUCCCAGCUCUAAACAGCCUUCUUGAUCUGGGAGAUGCAAGUAUCGUGGGUAUCACAAAAGCUAUGAACAUGAACUAGGACAUUCAAAAAAAGCGUACAUGUAGUUUUUAUUACAUUAUACAUUUUGAUUUGAUGGUGGUCAACAAGAUUAUGAUUUUCUUUCAACACUAUUUUAAUACAAAUCAUGCAUAAGAGCUACAGAUUAAAGAA